UUUAGAAAUUUUUACAAAAAAAAAUUAAAUUUUAAUUUUACAACAAGUUUUUCAAAAGUGAAACCCAAAAUGGCUGACAAGAAUAAUCUCCUCCUGCUCUUCGAUCGUCCCACCGAGCCCGUUUUCAUGGAAAAGGGCAAGGCCGCAGUCUUCGAUGUGCCCGACAAGUUCCUCACGGAGCGCUAUCGUCCCAUUGGCACUGAAGUGCAGAGUCGUUUCGGUGAGAAAGCAGAACGUCGCAUACCGGUACGCGACAUCGCCAUACCGGACUUGCGCGUACCCAUGUCUCUGGCGCGUGAUGCACAAUUUUCGCUCUUCAUACCGUCACAUCGUCGCAUUGCCGGUCGUUUGAUUGACAUUUUCAUGGGUUUACGUUCCGUUGAAGAUCUGCAGAGCGUGGCCGUAUUUGCACGUGAUCGUGUAAAUCCCUACCUCUUCAAUUAUGCACUCUCCGUGGCACUGCUACAUCGUCCGGAUACUAAAGGCUUGGAUUUGCCUUCCUUCGCGCAGAAUUUCCCCGAUAAAUUUGUGGACUCGCGUGUAUUCCGUCAGGUGCGUGAGGAGGCCACUGUUGUGCCUGAGGGUUCGCGUAUGCCCAUCACUAUACCACGUGAUUACACAGCUUCCGACUUGGAGCCGGAACAUCGUUUGUGGUACUUCCGUGAAGAUCUCGGCAUCAAUCUGCAUCAUUGGCAUUGGCAUUUGGUGUAUCCUUUUGAGGCGGGCGACCGCGCUGUGGUGAACAAGGAUCGUCGCGGUGAGCUCUUCUACUAUAUGCAUCAACAAGUGGUGGCCCGUUACAAUAUGGAGCGCUUCAGCAACAAUCUGGCGCGCGUUGUGCGCUUUAACAAUUUACGUGAACCCAUUGCGGAGGGUUACUUCCCAAAAAUGGAUUCGUUGGUUUCUAGCCGUGCUUGGCCACCACGUUUCGAGGACACGAAACUGUCCGAUCUCAAUCGGGAGUUGGAUCAAAUCAAUUUGGAUGUGAGUGACAUGGAGCGCUGGCGGGAUCGCAUCUUCGAAGCUAUCUCACAAGGUUUCGCAACAGAUGAAAGUGGCAACCAAGUACCAUUGGACAAUGCACGCGGUAUUGAUGUUUUGGGCAACAUGAUGGAGUCCUCGAUUCUCUCGCCGAAUCGCAGUCUCUACGGUGACUUCCACAACAUGGGUCACGUAUUCAUCUCAUACUCCCACGAUCCUGAUCACCGUCAUUUGGAGUCGUUUGGCGUUAUGGGUGAUUCUGCCACAGCCAUGAGAGAUCCCGUUUUCUACAGAUGGCAUGCGUACAUCGACGAUAUCUUCCAAGAACACAAAGCACGUCUGACACCCUACACACUGCCUGAGCUCAACUAUGAUGGCAUCUCGGUUACUGGCGUCCAAGUCAGCCCCGAAGGUGGUCAACCGAAUGUUUUGCAAACCUACUGGCAACAAUCCGAUGUCGAUCUGUCACGCGGCAUGGACUUCGUGCCACGCGGCAAUGUAUUUGCGCGUUUCACACACUUGCAACACGUGCCGUUCACCUACACCAUCAACGUGAACAACGACAGUGGUGCCCAACGUUUUGGCACUGUGCGCAUUUUCUUGGGCCCCAAGACCGAUGAGCGUGGUCAGGGCAUGCUAUUCAAGGAUCAGCGUCUUCUUAUGGUCGAGUUGGAUAAAUUCAUUGUCGCAUUGAAUCCUGGCCAAAACACAAUACGCCGCCGCUCCACCGAAUCCAGCGUAACCAUACCAUUCGAACGCACCUUCCGCAAUCUGGACGUAAAUCGUCCAGCUGCUGGCACCGCUGAGGAACUCGAAUUCAAUUUCUGUGGCUGCGGAUGGCCCAAUCACAUGCUCAUUCCCAAAGGUUUGCCCGAGGGUAUGCGCUGCGAGCUGUUUGUUAUGGUCUCCAACUACGAAGAUGACAGGAUCGAGCAACAAUUGGUUGGCGCCUGCAGUGAUGCUGCUUCUUAUUGUGGCGUGCGCGAUCGUCUCUAUCCAGAUCGCCGUCCCAUGGGCUAUCCGUUCGACCGUCUUUCGCGCGCUGGCGCUGAUCGCCUGGUCAACUUCUUGACUCCCAAUAUGAGUAUCGUAGAUGUGGCUAUACGUCACGACAACCGUGUUGUGGCUCGUAGUACCUAAGGGUGAUGAACGAAUGAUAAUGACAUUACAUAACUGAUGAACAAUGAAGCCGGAAUACAUAUAUAUAUAUUUUAUUAUACUAAUUUUUGCUGUAAACUUUUGAUGAAGAAGUUAAAUCUCUAGAGGAAAUAAAAUGACGUCUUGCAUAAGAA